CCGGGUUAAGCCAUAGGUCGCUCCGGUCGCCAUGUUGCUCAAUGAAAUUAGCUUCCAACAUUGAAUAUCCGUUAGCAAUAUUAUUACAUUCAUAUACGCCGUAUAAUGUUUGUUACUUUAUCAAUCUUGUCAUAAAAUGACGUAGGUAAUAUUAAACGACGAAAGAAGACCCGUAACAUAUUGAGCGAGGUAGUAAGAGUGUCACGCAAUGCACCAUGGAAGUGGGUCGCAGAAUAUUCAACGACAACUCCAAAGACCCAAGUCUGUCAGUGCCUCAGAAGCUGAGGAUCAGCAGCAGCAAGCAACCAUGGCAGCUUCACAGCAACAAACUACUGUUGCUCACCCUCAGUCACCCGUGACCACGUUUUCUUCUGCUGCCAGCCCAUCAGCUCCCCAAUCUCCCAAUUAUCAGAUAAUCAUGAGUCGCAGCCCAGUGACUGGUCAGAACAUGAACAUCACUUUACAAAAUGUGGGACAAAUGGUGACUGGCAACCAGCAGAUCACCCUAACUCCGCUUCCCCUGCAAAACCCAGCGUCCCCCGGCUUCCAGCAUACGACACCACAAUGGAGGUUUGAGCAUGCGCCAUCAUCCUACAUCCAGGUCACGUCGCCUUUACCCCAACCCAUGCAGCCGCAAAGUCCCACCCAGCAUAGCCCAGUCUCACUGCAAGGCGUCACAAGGCCUGGAGCCCCCUCAGCUGCCCUUGGUGUGUGCGGGCAGAGCCCGACACGGUUUGUUGAGGCAGGUAUGGUAGUGCGUCAAAUCAGUUUAGGCAGUCCAUCGGGAACGGGUCAUUUUGUAUACCAGGAUGGCACAGCGCUGGCCCAGAUCACACAGGGGACACCUGGUCCAAUUCAACUGUCUUCUCCAGGUGCACCAGGUUCAGUUAGGGAACGCCGUCUUUCUCAGCCUCACUCACAGACCGGAGGCACCAUUCACCAUCUUGGACCUCAAAGUCCCGUGGCUACCAGUACUGCUCUCUCCACUUUGGGCAGCCCUGGACACAUUACCACUUCUAACCUACCUCCACAGAUCAGCAGCAUCAUACAAGGAAAGCUCGCACGCCCUGUGAUAUUUGAUAAGAUUUCACAGGGAGUAGUUGCUGCGGUUGGAUCCUCACCCACGGCAUCUUUUACGAUCCCUUCCACCAUCCCAUCCUCCAGCCCCUCACUCACCAGCCCCUCCCAAGCAAAUACCAACAAUCCACUUGCGGCGACCAACACUGCAGUAGGCACUGUUAAGAAACAGGUUCCAAAGAGGUUAGAGGAGAUUCCUCCUCCUACUCCAGAGAUUGCCCAGCUACGCAAACAGUGCUUAGAGCACCAUGCCAAGAAGAUGGAGAGUUUAAAGGAGGUGUUCAAGGAAUACCUCAUAGAACUCUUCUUUCUUCAGCAUCUUCAAGGAAACAUGAUGGACUACUUGGCUUUCAAAAAGAAGCCUUGUGUUCCUUUGUAUACUUACUUAAGACAGAACGACUUGGAUCUAGAAGAGGAGGAGGAAGAGGAGGAACAAUCUAAGGUCAUCAACGAUGAGGUAAAGGUUGGCACAGGAAAAGAUGGCCAAGCAGUGACGCCUGUUGCCAUAGCAACACAGCUUCCUCCCAAUGUGUCUGCAGCGUUCUCUGCCCAGCAGCAAUUUCAGGGUCUCCAAGGGCCAGCUGGCACGCUUGCCAACCCCGCUGAGAUGGAUGCCUUCAAGAGGCAACAGGCGAUGGUGCAAGCAGGCGGGAUGCCGCCUGCACCGCAACUGGUCCAGAUUGCAGGACAGAAGCAGAAUCAACAACAAUAUGACCCAUCCAAAGGACCUCCAGUGCAGAAUGCAGCUAGCCUACAUACGCCACCCCCCCAGCUGCCAGGCAGAUUGCCACAAGGAGCCCUCCCUAUGACUGGCCCCCCAGUGACGCUGUCCCAGCAGGCUCAGAUUGUGGAGAGCACAGUCCAACCUGGUGGUCAGCUCCAAGCGCAGGUGAAAGUGCAGACAGGUGGCCCAAUCAUGGCAUCAGUAAAUCCCCACACACAACUCCAGGCCCAGCUCCAACAGCAGAUGCAGUCAGGUCUGCAUAUCCAGUUGCCUCCCCAGCAGCAGCAAAACCAGACAAUGCUCCCCUCAGGGCAAGCGACGGUGACUCUUGGUCGCCCUGGUGCAGAGUCAGCUCAACCCAUUCAAAGGAAUAUGACCAACUCAAUAUCGCUCUCCUCCAUGUCGUCUACUUCUCUUCCUACUUCUAAUUGUGUUCCCACCACUCAAGCAACGAGUCCUCUGCGCCCUCCUGCUACCAAUACAAACCCAAGCACCCAGUCCAAACUGGCAGGAACCAAUGGUUUUUCCGGCAUCAAAACGAGCGGCUUUGGUCAAAGCGCGACCAUGCAGUCAUUGCAGGAGGCUUCUCAAGAUAAACAAGUUGAGCAAGCUAAACUGGAGAAUCAAGUGCACCAACGCAUCUCUGAACUAAGAAAGGAUGGCCAGUGGUCAGCCAGUAGGCUUCCCAAAGUUGUGGAGGCCUCUCGUCCAAAGUCCCAUUGGGACUACCUCUUAGAGGAGAUGCAGUGGAUGGCCGCUGACUUUGUCCAGGAGAGGAGAUGGAAAGAAGCUGCUGCAAAGAAGAUGGCACGCACAUGUGCACGUUACCAUCAAGAGCAGAGGAAAAGUGAAGAGAAGUCAAAUAAAGAAAGGGAACUUCAUCUUCGCCACAUUGCCGGCACAAUUGCCAGAGAAGUGGAAUUCUUUUGGUCCAACAUUGAGCAGGUUGUGGAAAUUAAACUUCACUUUGAAAUUAAUGAAAAGAGGAUUAGAGCGCUUAGUUUACAGAAAGCAUCAGUCAAAGGUCACUCUGUUGGAGAGACACCUGAUAAAGAGGAGCGUCACAGUGCGUAUAGAAAAAGAAAAUCUAAUUCACCUUUGAGUGUUGAAGCGGAUGAAGAGAGCACAAUAGAGGAACAAGAAGUUACGGAGAGAGAAGCCGAUUACAAAACAGAAUUGGUUGAGCUUGCCAAAGAUGCUGAGUUGCCCCUGGAUGCUUUGAGGAAGCAGUAUGCCGGUGCCUAUGCUGACAGCUUUGAGUGGCCUCAGCCAAGUCCGUCAAGUAAUCAGGAUGAUGAAGAGACUGAAGCAAUAACGUGUCCUGCAAGGAGUCCACCUGAGGCAGUUCUCAUAGACUCUCUGCUUAUCGUGGACCAGUUUCGUAGUCCCGACAAGAGCUCUUCUUGCAAUUCUGAGAGGAAAGCUGCAAGGGACAUAUCUGAGGUGGCUGCUGCAACCGAGCUUCUUCUGCCGAAGGGUUCCCUCAAGUCCACUUCCUCGACUCUGACACCGGCACCAUUUCUACUACACGGUGCACUACGAGAAUAUCAGCAAAUUGGUGUUGAGUGGCUGGUAAACCUAUACAAGAAGCACCUAAAUGGUAUCCUCGCUGAUGAAACAGGCCUUGGCAAAACUGUUCAAACCGUUGCUUACAUGGCUCACUUAGCUGGCCAAGAGGGUAUUUGGGGUCCCCACCUCAUUGUGGUUAGGACUUGCAAAUUGCUCAACUGGGAAGUGGAGUUUAAGCGCUGGUGUCCUGGCCUUAAAAUCCUCUUGUAUUUGGGAACGGAGCGAGAGCGUAAAUCACUGAGAACGUGGUGGCGUGAAGAAAACAGCUUCCAUGUAUGUGUAACAUCGUACAAGCUGUUGAUGAAGGACCGCAACCAUUUUCUGAGGCAAAAGUGGAGACACCUGGUUCUGGAUGAGGUGCAACUCGUCAAAAUUAUGACUGAAAAACAUUGGGAAACCAUAUUUGCCCUUCAAAGUGUGCAACGGAUCCUCCUCAUCAAUACCCCACUACAGAAUACUCUAAAGGAGCUAUGGACUAUGAUCCACUUCCUCAUGCCAGGAAUAACAAGGCCCUACUCUGACUUCCCUGUUAAGGCAGGCACUGACCAGAAUCAGGACUACUGUCACAAACUUGUCAUUCGUCUGCACAGGAUGAUUCAGCCUUUCAUUCUGAGGCGCUCCAAACGGGAAGUAGAAAAGCAGUUGCCUAAAAAGUAUGAGCACAUCCUGAAGUGUCGCCUCUCCGGCAGACAGAAGAGCCUGUAUGAAGAUAUCCUUUCUCAACCUGGAUCCCAGGAGGCUCUGAAGACUGGCCAUUUUGUCAGCGUGCUUCAAGUCUUGAUGCAGUUGCAGCGUGUGUGCAACCACCCGGAUUUGGUUGUACCUCGAGAAACAAGCAGCUCCUUCUUCUGCACUCCUCUGCAAUAUAAUUGCCCAUCACUCAUACUGGAAGCAAUGCAGGAUGACUCCAACAAAGAUACAGCCCUGUCCCUGUUUGAUUUGAUCAGCAAUGAGAAUCAGCUGACCCGGUACCAGAUUGAAGAAGUAAUGCCCAAACUAAAGGUCACACAACAGCUCAUAGAGGAGAUCUACAGUGGUCCCGAACCACCGCCACAUCCCAAGCCAUGUCCAAUAAAACCAAUGAGAUUGUUCCAGCCAGUGCAAUAUGGGACAAAGCCAGAAGGGCGGCUAGUUUCCAUUACAAGUGCAGUAGGACAAAAUCCUCAAACGAGCUCUUCUGCUACAACCAACUCUGUUUCCUCAUCCAACUCAGCCCAGGCAAAGGGAAAGUCCCCAGUCACCACUGCGGCUACUACAGCAACUCAAGGAGGGGAUGCAGUGAAAAUUGCUCAGCUAGCCAACAUAGCUGGAAGUCAGAAUCGUAUCUCUCAGCCAGAGACUCCUGUCACGCUGCAAUUUCAGGGCAACAAAUUCACGUUGUCCCCCAGUCAACUUCGCCAGCUCACCACUGGACAGCCCUUGCAGCUCCAAGGAAACAUUCUACAAAUUGUGUCAGCUCCUGGGCAGCAAAUCAUCAGGCCCCAGGGUUCUAUGGUUAUGCAAACAAUGGCACAAGCUGUCCCUAACUCCAAUGCUUCAGCUUCACCCAGUGCACCUCAUCCAGCUCUACCAACAGUCCAGCAAGGUGUGACAACAAAUGCCACAGCAACCUCUAACAGGCUCACGACUCCUUCUUCACAGGAGUCUUCAGAAGAAAAGACCCGGCAGGCUAAGCAGCGGUUGAGCCUUCUCUUUGAAGCAAACGAGCGACGCUGCAGCCGCCGAGUUCUAUAUGGGUCAGACUUGUUGCAGGCGUGCACUGUGAGCUCAGAGCCUGGCCACUCUGCGCUGACUGCAGGAGGAUGGAUGUGGGUGGGCCGGGAGAGUUGCGUCAGGGCCCAGAACACCUUUGUGGCAACCACCUCUGCACUGCAGUCUGCUCUGCUGUCUCUUGAGAAUCGAAUGCAAGCUACCAACAGCCUUGGCAAAGGGCUGCUAUGCGUGGUGCCUCCAGCUGUUGCGCCACCGCCUCGGUUAUAUGCAGCCAAUCCUCCCACCCCUUACACCAUAAAACAAAGGUUAUUCCGCAGUCACCUCCAGGAAUCCUUUGCUUCCCAUGCUUGUGACAUACACCACUUGGUGGCCGGGCAUCACUUCUGUUCUCCGGAUCCUCAGCUAAUGCAGAUAGAUUCAGGCAAACUAGAAGCCCUGGCCAUUCUGCUGCAGAAGCUUAGGUCAGACAAUCGCCGUGUCCUCAUCUUCACUCAGAUGAUGAAGAUGCUUGAUAUCCUGGAGGCAUUCCUCGAUCAUAGGCAGCUCACCUAUGUGCGUGUGGAUGAAAGCUACACUCCAGAUGAACGACAGGAGACCAUAAGGACCUUUAACAGGAACAGGCCAAUUUUCUGCAGCAUUCUGACAAACCACUGCUGCUCUUCAGUCGGAACUAUGCUUGAUGCAGAUGCCAUCAUUUUCUAUGACACGGACCUAAAUCCUAGCAUGGAUGCCCGCACCCAGGAAUGGUGUGACAAACUUGGGCGCGCUAAAGAUAUCCACAUUUACAGAUUGGAGAGUGGGAACUCGAUUGAGGAGAAACUACUAAAGAAUGGAACCAAGGACCUAAUCAGAGAGGUGGCUGCACAGGGCACUGAUUAUACUCUGGCUUUCCUCACACAACGGACAAUCCAGGAUUUGUUUGAGGUGGAGGCAGGCUCAGGGGAAAAGGUGGAGGAGUUUGUUGUCCUUCACCAGGAGCCAUCAGCCUCCGAGACCAUCUCUCCAAAAGUAGCUAGACCCUACAUCCAAGCUCUCCAUAGUAUUAACUUGGAGGAUUCACCAGAAGCGGACGGUGUGAAAGUAGAGGAUGCAGAGAUAACAAGCAAGCAUUCAGAACUGGCUGACGAGUCAGAGAGCCAGACUAAAGAAGAGCCUGUUGAGAUGGAUCAGUUGAAUGCAGUUAUGGAGCAGCUCACUCCCAUUGAAAGAUAUGCUCUGAACUACCUGGAGUACCUUCAUAUCAGUGACGAUGAAACUGCUCUCAAGGAGCGAUUGGAGUGUUCUAAGAGGGGCUGGGAGCUGCAGCAACUGCAGAAACUGAAAGAGGAGGAGGAGGACCGAGAGCUGAUGGAGGGCGCCGAAGAGCUUUUCACCUACACAAGAGAAGACGCUUAUAAUAUGGAGUAUGUCUUUACUGCUGAGGAUGGACAUACAGAAAUCAUGCCGGUUUGGACUCCACCGACACCACCACAGGAUGACAAUGAUAUUUACAUAGACUCUGUAAUGUGUCUGAUGUAUGACACCACACCCAUUCCUGAGGCCAAGUUGCCUCCAAUCUACGUCCGCAAGGAGCACAAGAGACUGAAACUGGACCCCUCAGCAGCAGCUAGGAAGAAGAAGAAGGGCCAUGGGGAAACCGUAAUUCCACCACGCUCCCUUUUCGAAAAGGCCAGCAUGCUGAAGGUUCGCAGAGAAGGGAAAGACCAGAAAAAGAACUUUUCUCUCAAGCAGCAGGCACCCUUCGCCAAGCCUCUGCCUUCACUGGUUAAACCCACCAUGGAGGCUGGUCAGGACAACCCAGAGUGGCUCAUCAGUGAAGACUGGGCUCUACUUCAGGCUGUGAAACAACUGCUCGAGUUGCCCCUGAACCUGACUAUCGUGUCUCCUGCACACACACCCAACUGGGAUCUGGUGAGUGAUGUGGUGAACUCCUGCAGCCGCAUCUACCGCUCUCCUAAGCAGUGCCGUAGCCGCUACGAGAACGUCAUUAUUCCCAGAGAAGAGGGCAAGUUGAUGUUUGAGGCUAACCCUAAGAAGAAAACAAAGAGCAUCUACAAGUCUAAGAAUAGCCGUCCUCUAAGGACCUGCCAGAUCUACACGCAAGAUGACAACGCCACUCAAAUUCAGCUCUAUAACAGCCGCUUUGAGCUCAUGAAAAUUAUAGCGAGCAAAAGGAGCCCACCUAUCAAACCCUUGCUUGGCAUGAAUCCAUUCCAGAAGAAUCCCAAACAUGCCUCUGUUUUGGCAGAAAGUGGGAUAAGCUACGACAAGCCCCUCCCCCCCAUUCAGGUGGCAUCUCAACGUGCCGAAAGGAUCGCCAAAGAGAAAAAGGCCCUGGCGGAGCAGCAGAAGGCUCAGCAGCUAGCGCAACAACAGGCUGGAGCUCCCCAAGGCCAGACUACACCGAGCCAGACCUCUGCAGCUGCCCAGGUUCAGACUCAGGCCUCUCAGGCUGCCACUGCAGCUGGAGCUGUCCCAGUUCCUAAUGCAGCUGUUCUGGCUGGAGCCAUCAAAAACGCCGCAGCCGGAACCACCAUCCAGGCUGCCGCUGUUGGAGGGAAUGUGAUUGUGAACACGGUUGCUGGAGUGCCUCCGAGUCCCUUCCAAGCCAACAAACGCCUGGCACCUCCAGUCAUACCAGGCACCCUUUCUCCCGCCGGUCCUGCCGCUGGAGCGCAGGUAGUCCACGGCCAGCAGAGAGCAGUUACAGCGGCUGCCGCCCCUGCUGAAGUGGUUGCCAUAGCUACAGGGCAGGGCGUUCGAGCAGUUACCCCGGUAACCGCGUCGACUGUCGUUUCAACCACUCUGAGCCCAGUCCAAGCACAGACGCGCCCACUUGUCACCCAAGUAACACAAGCUACAGGGAUGCAGCUUGCACAAGCAAAGGCCUUCACCCCGGCUCACCUGCAGAUGAUUCGUCAACAGCAGCUUCAGCAACAGCAGCAGGCUGGCUCUCCUCAGAUCAAAGCCGUAAGCAAACCCCAGGAAUUAUUAAAGAUGCACAAACAUAAGUUGCAGCUGCAGCAACAGCAACAGGUUGCAGCAGCAGUGGCGGCGGCCGCAGCGCAGGGCCAGCAUACUGCAGGAGCCCAGCAGGCCCAAGUGCAGCCCACACAAGCAGCUCAAGCCAAUCCUCAGCUAGCAACGGUCACGGCACCAAGACCGGGUUCUGUUUUGACAGGCACCACAGUGACCAAUCUACAGGUGGCCAGACUGACCCGAGUACCCACCCAGGGUCAGAUUCAGGCCCAGACUGGCCAAACGGCCCAGAUGACCCUCACCAAGCCUCCCGUGGUCUCCGUGCCAGCCGUGGUAUCAUCUGCUGGUGUCACCACUCUGCCGGUCACUGUAGCUGGCAUCAGCGUGGCUAUUGGCCAGGCCCAGAAAACGGGUGGUCCUGUGCUGACGCCGUCCUUCCCGCAGAUGCAGGUGCAACAGCUGCUUCAGAUGAAGAAGCAGCAACAGGCUGCCGUUCAGGCAGCCCAGCAGAAGGCGGGACAGCCACAACAAGGACAGGCAACUGUGCAACAGAAGAUUGGCACACAGCAGGUUACGGUACAGGCUGCCCAGCCCAACCAGCAGCAACAGAAAGUGACCUACACUACCACCACACAACUUCAACCCGGGAUCAAGCCCCAGUUCUUCACCACAUCCAUCGCUCAGACGCAGAAAUCUACGGGACCUCAGCAAAUCCAGGUCGCAAAGCUCCCACAAAUAGUGCAGCAGCAGCCCACCGUGGCUAACAUUCAGCAAAUUGUGUCUUCUUCACAGCAGAUCCAAACGCAGCCUCAAACCGUGACGCUGACCACAUCAGCACCAGCCCAGGUGCAGAUGAUUCCGGCCGGCACCACUACAGCUCAGGUCGUUCAGCAGAAGCUGAUCCAGCAGCAGGUGGUCACCGCGGCCGCCUCACCGCAGAUUCAGACGCCGCCCCCCCACAGCCCUGCCCAACAAGACUCUUCUGCUUCGCAGCCCGUUCAAUCCCAGCAGCCUACCAAAGGUCAAGCUCGCCAGGGUGGUAUAAGGGCCAAACCGCCUGCCAAGCCCAGCGGGGGGAGCAGUUAGGGGGGGGGG